UUAUAACCCAAAUUGCCCAAAUUGGGCUUCUCUCUCUUUCUCACUCAUGGACUGUUAAAGCCCUAAUCAUUUCUCCACCUCCCCAUUUUCCUUCUUUUCAAUUCCGCCUGUGUUUUUAUUGAGCAGUCAUGGUCGCCGGUAACAAUAAAUCCGACAUUUCCUUCGCCGGAACUUUCGCCAGCAGCGCCUUCUCUGCUAGCUUUGCUGAGAUAUGUACGAUUCCGUUGGACACUGCUAAAGUGAGGCUUCAGCUCCAAAAGAAAGGUGUUGCGGCGGUGGCGGGUGAUGCGGUGGCCUUACCUAAAUACAGGGGCUUGCUGGGGACGGUUGCUACUGUGGCCCGGGAAGAAGGUCUAUCGGCAUUGUGGAAAGGAAUUGUACCCGGGUUGCAUCGUCAGUGCUUGUUUGGUGGUUUGAGAAUCGGCUUGUAUGAGCCUAUUAAGACCUUAUACGUGGGCGAGGACUUUGUUGGAGAUGUUCCUUUGACAAAGAAAAUUCUAGCUGGGUUGACAACGGGUGCUCUAGCAAUCAGUGUGGCUAAUCCAACUGAUCUUGUAAAGGUUAGACUCCAAGCUGAGGGAAGACUGCCACCAGGCGUUCCUAAGCGCUACUCUGGUGCACUGAAUGCGUACUCCACCAUCGUGAGGCAGGAGGGAGUUAAGGCUCUGUGGACUGGAGUUGGACCUAACAUUGCACGUAAUGCUAUCAUUAAUGCCGCUGAACUAGCCAGUUAUGAUCAAGUGAAGCAGACACUUCUGAAACUUCCUGGGUUUAAGGAUGAUAUUGUCACCCAUCUUUUUGCCGGUCUUGGGGCAGGUUUCUUUGCUGUCUGCAUUGGCUCACCGGUUGAUGUGGUUAAGUCAAGAAUGAUGGGAGACUCUUCUGCUUACAAAAGCACAAUUGAUUGCUUCGUUAAAACUUUAAAGAAUGAUGGACCUUUGGCCUUUUAUAAGGGCUUCAUCCCAAAUUUUGGACGGCUAGGAUCUUGGAAUGUGAUCAUGUUUCUAACCCUUGAGCAGGCUAAGAAGUUUGUGAAAAACAUAGAGUCAAAAUGAGAAGUGAAGCCAAGAGAGUGGAUUCAAUUUGCAGGGGUAGCAUCUAGAGCAAACAUUAGUUGCUGUAAUAAGGCUCUCGACAAACCUUUUUAAUACCAUAUAUUAGCUAGCUGAGGAGAAGGAUCCUCUGAAGAAAAACUGCUUAUUGGAUACUCAAAAAUUUAGGAAUAAUUAGCAUUUGUUUUCCAGAUUAUAUACAUCUCAGUUGUCAUUUGGGGAUGUUCCGCUAUCGACUCACUCCUUUUGGUGGCAUUUUGUACAAUGAAGCAAAGAAGCGGUAUGGAAUUGAACA